AUGCCGCGGCGCGAAUUGCGGGAGGUCAGUCAUGUCGACGACUUUCGACGAUUGGCAACCGAAAACGACUUUCCCGACAUCGCCAGCUCUCGCUCCGACGACGCCGGCGACGUCGCCUGCGACGUAUCCACGGUUACGAGCGACGUUGAGGCGGGCGGCGUGCGAGUUCGCACGGUGGAUCACAACGCGCGGCGCGAGACGGACUACGUGGUCGUCGUUCACGGCACUUUCGAUGCGCCGCCCGCGGACGGCGCGCGCACGUGGUAUCAGCCGCCCGCGCCGGGGGAGAAGAACUUCUGCGCCAAAAUGGGCGCGCUGCUGGCGCGCGGACCCAUCGGCGCGGGGAGCGUCUGGCGGGCGAUUCCGCGCGCGACGGAUUCUCAAGGGGCGGAGUCGCAGGGAGCAGCGUCACACGACGAUGUAGCUGAGGCCCAUGAGAGAGGGUCGCAGGGGGGACAGUCGCAGGGAGCUGCGUCGCAGAUGGGGCAGAUGCAGGGGGAUGCGGCGUCGCAGGAGGGGGGGCAAUCAUGGCAGCGCAUGAUGGACGGCGACGUGCCUUACCCGUUCUUCUGGGACGGCAGCAACACGCACGAAGCGCGGUUGAAGGCGGCAGAAAAGCUGGCGCGGCUGUUCGACCUGAUAGCGCGCAGCGACCCCUCGGCGCGCAUCCACGUGAUUGCCCACUCCCACGGAGGCAACGUGCUGCUUAAAGCCAUCGAGCUGUACAUGAAGAGGCUCCCAACAAAGUCUCUCUCCUCGUUGCAUCCAGCCAUCAGGAAGCGGUUCUCGGCGGCAUACAAGCGUCGAUUUGAUAUGGUCAAGGAGUGGCGCCAGGUGGACUAUCCGUCCGGGUGGAGCCGCUUCUUCCCGCCCCUCGUGGCCAUGCGGAGCAUGACGGGCGGCAAGGUAUCUAAUCGCAUCAAGGAGCAGUACCCCUGGGGGCGCUACCGCUGGCUAGACUCCCUCCUGGGCCUCCCUGUCAAGCGGCAGCGCCUCUUCCUCUCCCACCGCCUCGCUACCUCCCCUCUCUCCAACGCGCUGGGCUGCCUUGUGUUCCUGGGCACGCCCUUCUAUGUCAAGAAGUGGGAGCGGAAUGGAGUGCGGUGGCUGCUGCUGGCGACGGUGGCGAGUAUAGUGGUGAUGCUGGCUGUGAUGUGGGGCUAUGCCAUGCUCGUUUCGUUCGCCAUCCGCAGCGCCAUUGCUCGUGAAAGCGUACAUGCGCCCUACGUGGCGCCAAUGAUUGCAUCGGCGCUCAUUCUUGUCUUCGCCACCAUCAGUGUCAGCAUCGAGGUGUCCCGCAGCACUGCCUUCUACAGCGGCAACAUCUACCACUCGCCGGACUUUGAUUGGUCGCAUGCCAUGUCAGCACUGGUCGUCCACGCUGGCAAGCUGGAUGAGGCCAGCCUUGCCCUGAGUUCCGAGCCUAUCGCCCGAGCCUACGUGUUCCCGCACCUGGAGAACAUGCUGAAGCUGCCCUUCUGGAAGCCCCUCCCCCAGUUCCCACCUCACGACGCUGUCGGCCUGGACUGGCUGCUCUAUUUCGCCUCCUUUGGCCGCAUCCUCCUGUGGAACAUCAUCUUCAUUCUCCCCGCACUCAUCCUCUCGUUACUGUCACAUAUCGUGGCGCCGCUGGUGAUAGGCGCGGUGAGGAACGUGAUUGUGGUGAUCAGCUUCGGGCUGGCGCAGAACGAGCUGAGCUUUGCGCAUGUCUUCAUGGACGAGGUGCUCGACCUGGGGCUGUCUUCACAGCACGUGGAGCACUGGAACGUGCAGCAUUUGGAGCACUGGAACGUGCAGCUUGUGAGGGGAUGGGUGGGCACGGGUGUAUCUCCAUCGCCGCAGGCAGCCUCUGAGACGUCUCAAAACUUGCCGCAGGCAGCAGAAAAGCUGGUACCUGGAACGUGCAGACGCGCUGCAGCGGGGGGGCUUUCCACACCUGCUGUCAUCCCCAUACCCCGCCAUCAGCCCCCCCUGCAGGCCAAGUCGCGCUGCAGGGGGGGGGCUUUCCACACCUGCUGUCAUCCUCAUACCCCGCCAUCAGCCCCCCCUGCUGGCCAAGACUCGCUGCAGGGGGGGGGCUUUCCACACCUGCUGUCAUCCUCAUACCCCGCCAUCAGCCCCCCCUGCUGGCCAAGUCGCGCUGCAGGGGGGGGGCUUUCCACACCUGCUGUCAUCCUCAUACCCCGCCAUCAGCCCCCCCUGCUGGCCAAGUCGCGCUGCAGGGGGGGGGCUUUCCACACCUGCUGUCAUCCUCAUACCCCGCCAUCAGCCCCCCCUGCUGGCCAAGUCGCGCUGCAGGGGGGGGGCUUUCCACACCUGCUGUCAUCCUCAUACCCCGCCAUCAGCCCCCCCUGCUGGCCAAGUCGCGCUGCAGGGGGGGGGCUUUCCACACCUGCUGUCAUCCUCAUACCCCGCCAUCAGCCCCCCCUGCUGGCCAAGUCGCGCUGCAGGGGGGGGGCUUUCCACACCUGCUGUCAUCCUCAUACCCCGCCAUCAGCCCCCCCUGCUGGCCAAGUCGCGCUGCAGGGGGGGGGCUUUCCACACCUGCUGUCAUCCUCAUACCCCGCCAUCAGCCCCCCCUGCUGGCCAAGUCGCGCUGCAGGGGGGGCGCUUUCCACACCUGCUGUCAUCCUCAUACCCCGCCAUCAGCCCCCCCUGCUGGCCAAGUCGCGCUGCAGGGGGGGGGCUUUCCACACCUGCUGUCAUCCUCAUACCCCGCCAUCAGCCCCCCCUGCUGGCCAAGUCGCGCUGCAGGGGGGGGGCUUUCCACACCUGCUGUCAUCCUCAUACCCCGCCAUCAGCCCCCCCUGCUGGCCAAGUCGCGCUGCAGGGGGGGGGCUUUCCACACCUGCUGUCAUCCUCAUACCCCGCCAUCAGCCCCCCCUGCUGGCCAAGUCGCGCUGCAGGGGGGGGGCUUUCCACACCUGCUUUCAUCCUCAUACCCCGCCAUCAGCCCCCCCUGCUGGCCAAUACUCGCUGCAGGGGGGGCUGAUGGCGGGGUAUGAGGAUGACACCU